AAAUGCACGCAGGAAGCAUAUAUUUAUUUUUUAUGACUAGUUAGAGUAUGUAUGAGGUGCUUAACAAAGAAUAGAUGUGAACAUUUUAUGAUUAAAGUGUUACAUUUGUAUUAUUUUGCAAUUCUCUUUAUAAUUUCACGUUAUUUAUUGGUAUUAUGCAUGCGAGUGGUUGUUCUAUCAAACGCACAAAUAAUUAAAUCAUAAUGUUCACUUGAAAGCGAUAAAAAAAACUAUAAUAGCCGUUUUCCCUACAAUUUCAGACCGUCCUAGUAAGAGCGUAUGGGGAACACGUGAAGGCAGCAUCAGUGUCUAUCAUUGCACUUCCCUUGUAGCAUCCCUACACGACACACUGAGGGCUCACAGGCGACAGUGGCGUUGUGUAGAUGAGUGUGUGUGUGUGUGAGUGUGUGAAGAGCAUCAGACACCAUGACCAUCAGAAACACUCUCCGGGAUCAUGGACAGAGGUAUCGACCACGGAUGGCUUGUCUCAAGAAGGCGGAGAAGGUGAUGCUGGAGAUGCAGGAUCCCAAAACAGGAGUGAAAUCACAGCCUCAGAGACUGGUUAUUACGACAAUACCACACGCCAUUACUGGUGAAGACAUAAUUGCAUGGUUAGCAGACAGACUUCAAGUAGACACACAAGAGGCGAGGAAUUUCGGCUCUAUGCUGGUGGCGUUAGGAUACAUCUACCCUCUACAGGACCACAAACGAUUAGUGAUCAAACCAGAUGCGUCCCUCUAUCGUUUCCAGACACCAUAUUUCUGGCCCACACAGCAGUGGCCGGUUGAAGAUACGGAUUAUGCAAUCUAUCUGGCGAAACGAAACAUACGUAAGAAAGGAAUCCUGGAGCUGCACGAGCAGGAGCAGUAUAACCGCCUUCACAAGUGGAUGAAUCAUAAAUGGGAUUUCAUUGUGAUGCAAGCUAAAGAGCAGUACAGGGCUGCGAAGGAGAGGAAGAAACCGGACCGCGUUGUGUUUGAGUGCCAGGAGAGAGCCUACUGGGUGGUUCACAGACCUCCGCCAGGGACAGUGAGUGCCAUGGACUAUGGGCUGGAUCGAAGAAUAGAUCCUAACGCUGAGGAGACAAAAACGCCCGACUUCUACGAGAGAAUCAUGAUCUUUACCCAGCAGUCCAUCAUGAGGCCCAGAGUGAAGUCAUCUGUGUCCAUUGGCGCAAUGGUGAAGUACUGUGCCACCUACAGCAGCCACGAUCCUUUCCUCUCCAAGUGUCUUCCCAGCAACCCCUGGCUCACUGACGAUGUCACGUACUGGACCUUAAACAUGCCCAAUGUGGAAAUACCGACUACAAUGCGCGUGGAGAGGUGGACGUUCAGCUUCGGAGAGCUGCUCUCAGACCCUCGAGGACGAAAUGAUUUCAGGCUCUUCCUGAAGAAAGAAUUCAGCGGUGAGAACUUGGCUUUCUGGGAGAGUUGUGAAGAUCUGAAGUGGGGAACCGCUGCGACGAUGAGCGAGAAGGCAGAGCAGAUCUACAAGACUUUCCUGGCACGAGGUGCACCCCGCUGGAUCAACAUCGACGGAAAGACGAUGGAAAUCACAUUGAAAAGCCUGAAACACCCACACAGAUACGUCCUGGACGCAGCCCAAACUCACAUCUACAUGCUCAUGAAGAAGGACUCGUACGGCCGAUACAUGAAAUCUCCGGUGUUCAAGGACACGUUGAAGAAGGCCAUCUGUCCCGACGAGCACAAGUUCAGUGACGCCCAGCUGGAGCAGAACGCAAAGAACAGACGUCCCAGUCUCAGCCCCAUCGUCCUCCGGCAGCUGGAGCUGGAGCAGAAGGCGAAGAUGGCGGCCAAUGUUGACAUCACACAGCUCUGCCGCUUCACCACUCCUGUCCCCCACCUCGCCGUGUACUCUGGCAUCUCUGACUUCCCCUCUGCCAACGCCUCACCCUCUCUCCCUUUCCUGGCCCACACCACGGCUUGCCCGUCCCCCAUCAGCGUGGCUUUGGACAGCACCUCUGCCUCUGAGCGGCGAGCAGAGGCCACUGAAGGAGAGGUUGAGGGGAACCCUGCGGCUCGAGUCCCGGCAGGUGGAAAUGUGUCCAAGUCUCGCAUGGCUCUGUCCCUGCGUCGACUGCUGAAGCGGGGCUGCACCCCCUCCACCAUGUUCGCCAGCUUGUCGCCGAAAUGCCACUCAGCUGCCGGGACAAGUAGUCGCAUCCAGCCUAUCGGCCCGGAUCAGCCCAGUCAGGCUCCACCUAGACGGAUUGCCAAUUUCUUCCAGAUUAAAGUGGAUAUCCCUCCAGAGUGCCGUAUCUACCCCAUAGAGUCUGAGGACGAGGACGAGGAGAACAGGGCAGCCUCUCGGGGAGGAGUGGGAGCCAAAGAGAUCAUCUGUCCCUGGGAGAGCCUCACUCCACAGAACGGGACCGGCUAAUAGGCUGCGUUUACACGGGGUCCAUAAAAAGAUGGGGGUUUGCAAAUCUGUGUCAGUCUGAACAGGGAUGGUUUUUCCCAUGAUCUCAUACAGAGCAUGAAGUGGUAAAAUCUCUGUUUAUCAUAAGUAAAUACCAAAACAUCGGGACUGACGCAAACAGUCGAUCUGGGGAUGGCUGUUGAUCUACAGUAGACUGAGCAUCAAUUUACUGUGUUUAAGAAUUCAUUUCUUUAAAGAAACGUAUGUUUUGAGUGUCAAACACCGACUGCCUGAAGACCUGCAACACCCAGUUUCCUCUUUCCCACAAAACCAUCACAGUUUCUCUAAAAUACAGCUGAAUACACUGUUUUACAUCCUUUGUAACAACACCGUUUUUUAGAAACACAGAGGUCAUGAGUGCUCCCAGCCUCCCAAUUUUUCUUUUUCUUUCAAUCGUUUCGACCUUCUUCACACCACCAGGAAUAUAAUUCUGGUGAGUAAAAACCCGCUGUGAGUAAUUUGUAUGUAAA